UUUUUCUCUCCCCCCGCCUCACCCUCCCUCCAUGCUGACAACGUUAUGUACAGGAGGAGGGAUAGUCUCUGUCUGUGAGCUUUUUCCUCUCUUUUCCUAUUUGGGGGAGUCUCAAGGUCGAGCCCGGGCAUCCUGACUUUAAACUGACCACCAUGCAACAACCACCGCUGUUAUAAAGAGACUCUCCAGCACCACCAACCACCACCAGCAGCACCCACCUCUACUUCACUCUUCAGGGACAAACUACCACCACCUGCCGCCGCACCUCGCACCCUAUGACCGUCUCAAAGACAACAGAUCCAUCUCUGUAUCACUCAAGGACCCACUACUCCUUCUUCUUGUGCCAGUGACGACUCACUUGUCAGGAUGACAUGGCGUCCUCAGUACCGCAGCUCCAAGUUCCGCCACGUGUUUGGUAAGGCCGCCACCAAGGAGAGCUGCUAUGAUGGUGUGCCAAUCACACGCAGCGUCCAGGACAACAACUUCUGUGCUGUCAACCCACGUUUCCUGGCAGUCAUCACUGAGUGUGCCGGGGGAGGGGCCUUCCUGGUCCUGUCUGUCCAUCAUACAGGUAAAGUGGACCCUCACCACCCCAGAGUGUCGGGCCACAGAGGAAACGUGUUAGACAUCAAGUGGAAUCCCUUCAACGACUACUGCAUCGCCUCGUGCUCCGAAGACACUACGGUGAAAGUGUGGGAAAUCCCUCCUCAUGGUGUGCUGAAGAACCUUACAGUACCGUGGAAGGAUCUUCAGGGUCACAGCCGCAGAGUGGGCCUCAUCGAGUGGCACCCGACUGCUAACAACAUCCUCUUCAGUACGGCCUAUGACUACCAGGUGAUGAUCUGGAACCUGGACUGUCCGGAGCAGGUGAUAAAGAACCCUGUGCGGACAAUCACCCACCACACAGACGUCGUCCUCUCCAUGUCUUUCAACACAGACGGCAACCUCCUCGCCACCACCUGCAAGGACAGGAAGGUCCGACUCAUGGAGCCACGCUCAGGAAACCUACUGCGGGAAGCCAACUGCAAGACGCACAAAGCCAGCAAGGUGCUGGUCCUGGGUAACCUGAAGAUGCUCUUCACGACAGGCACUUCACGUUGGAAUGAUCGACAGAUCGCUCUGUGGGAUCAGGAUGAUCUGUCUGUGCCUUUGUUACAAGACAACCUAGAUGGUUCGUCAGGGGUCCUUUUUCCUUUCUACGAUCCUGACACACACAUGCUCUACCUUGCUGGAAAGGGUGACGGAAAUAUUAGGUACUAUGAGAUCAGCUCAGAAAAACCAUAUAUCCACUACCUAACAGAGUACCGCUCGAACUUACCUCAGAAAGGAAUGGGUGUGAUGCCAAAGAGAGGUCUGGAUGUGAGCUCCUGUGAGGUGUUCAGGUUCUACAAACUGGUGACAAUCAAGAGUCUCAUUGAGCCACUUGCCAUGAUCGUACCCCGCAGGUCGGAGUCCUACCAAGAAGACAUCUAUCCGAUGACGGCUGGUAACAGGCCUGCUUUGACUGCAGAGGAGUGGCUCAGUGGCAUUGAUAAAGGCCCAGUUCUGAUGUCUCUGAAGCCUGGAAGUCAAGUAGAACUGUCGUAUUCAGAGAUGACCAAAGGAAUGGGAAACUCGCUGGACUCUCGCAGGUCCCACAGCAGACCGGGCGCGCUACAGUUGACGUACAUUCAGGACCAACUGGGAACCAAAGACGGCAGAGAGGACAGCGGCCGUACAGAGGAUGACAGGACCAGGACACCCGUCAGCAACGGAGAAGACCUCGCACUUUGCUCUCCCCCUCGGACAGAGAAUGAGCUGCGUCUGAAGUUCCACAAGCAGCAGGAGGAAAUCCGACGGUUGAGGGAGCUCCUCAACCAGAGGGACGUGCGUGUCAAACAGCUGGAGCUGGAGAUUAAGAACAUCAAAAACACCCAGUCUCAGAGCUCACUUUAAGACUCACCCCCCCCCCACCCCCCGACCUGCAGAGUCACCUCCUCGUGGGAACAAUUGCAUUACUGUACAAACCCCAUUUUCAAACCACCACACUGUUCUUUGGGUCACCUCUUAUCCUUUAAUGAGCCCCCUCAUACUCACUGCACAGAGGUGAUUUGAACCUCAACUUUAUGUUUUUCUUUCAGUCUGUCAAUCCCACACAAGGUGCACAUAUUCUUUGUUCAUGUACAUCCACUCAAACACUGAGUCUUACCCAGCUGUAACAUGUUUUAAAACUCUGUGCACCUGUUGAACUUUACCAUGUUUUCUUUUUUUAAUGCUUCUUCACAGCUAUGCAAGUUUAUUGUAAUUUUUAGCUUUUUUAAUUCUCUUUGUAGAUGAGCGAUAAAAGGUUGCGCGUGCCUGCUCUUGACUGAAUGAUGUGGCUGUCUGCGUGUUGUUUGAAAGUUGUUGCAGAGUAGGCGCAGACAUCCUGUGUGAUUGUAAGAUAACGCUGAAUUUAUUUUCUAUGCUUGGUGAUUGUUUUUUGUUUUUUCCCCCCAGAAUUGAAACUACUGUAAUUGGAGAUGCCUGUGGUGUUUUUAAUGUAUGCGUGCUUGAAUGAGAAUGAUCUAAAUGAAUGAAAGAUAUCAUGAAUCCCCACUGUGUUCAUGAGUCCCAUUGAGCUGCAUUUGUUUUUAUUUUUGAAUGACUGGAAACUUGGUGGAAAAUGUAAUCCGUUUCACAGCAGCUAUUGUGUAAGCCAAUUCUGUAACUGAUGCCAUGUAGCAGUUUUGAUCUUAAUUUUUAUAUUUAUUUUGAAAAAUAGAGUCAAAGAAAAUACCAUUUUAUCAAAUACUUGAUUACAGGGUUGUAAUUUUUGGAAAAUAUAGCACGCAAACUGUUAAAGGACAAAAAAAAAAAGCUUUGCUUUUUUUUUCCUGAUGUGGAGUCACUGUGAAGAAUCUAAAGCCAUUGUAGAGCCGGAGUCCUGCUCCACCUCUGGGUUAGCUUGUGAUCCGCUAGCUUUUAGUUCUCAAUGCAUUUUCCUUAACAAGGUGUCUUUUAUGGCUCUCUGUAAAAACCUGAAACAUGACACUGGGAUUUCUGUUUGUAUUUUAUCUGCUACUGUAGUUGACUGUAAAACAUAAGCAUCUCGCAGCUCUGAUGAGUGAUAGUCUGAGUUAUGAUGAUAUAUAUAUAUAUUAGAUAUAUGACAGAUAUUUGUCUACUGUCAGAGCCAUAUCUUUUAUACCAUGGUCGCCACUUCACCACAUCACAUAACUUGUCUGUUCGGGAGCUUUGAACAAUCUUUACCAGCAGAUGAAGUUUGUAAGUAAGUGGACCUUGAGUAGAGAAUGGUUUUUGUCAAAUGUUGUUUCAAAGGGCAACAUUCAAUUGUCAAGCUAAAUUUUAAGCCAACAAGGAGAAGAGGUCCUGUAGCAACACAUUGUGUCAUAACACCACAUUAUGUUCUAACUUGACAAAAUGAUGUAAUAACACACACAUUUUGUAAAAAUCUUUUAAUAAAACAGCAUGAACGCAAUAUGUCUGGUCUGAACAAGAACCACCAAUUGAAGCCAAGAAAGAUUGUUGGGUCUCAUUCCCAGGUUGUCAAAUAUCGACACUGGGAAUGAGACUUAAUCAAUUAUCUUCAAGCCACCAACCCAAAGUGUCGUUCUAUCUUUCUUGGCUCUGAUUGGUUGUUUUUUUAUUUUUUCCAGGUGUGUUCUUGGAUUCUUGCAAAUGCCAUUAGGAGCACUAGGAGGAGCCAGAGGGACCUUUACUUCUGUCAGGAUAUAGUGAACGUUUCAGCAAAUAUAACAAAAACAUAUUUUAUAUCUAUAUAUUUAUAAAAGUUACCUACUGCAGCUUUAAAUUAGACUCUUAUGACCUGUAGUGCCUCUUGGUGUUAUAGUUGAAUCAGAUUUUAGUCUACACAUGCCACAUAAAAGCAGUAACAAGAUCAGCUUGUUAUCAUUUCAGUCAGAUAUUUAAAUAUUACAUAUUUCUAACAGUGUUGACUACUGCAAUGGUUUUUUGACAGAGCUCCCCAAAGAGACCAUCAAAAAGCUUAAGCUUAUUCAAAAUGCAGUUAAUAAAAAAAGGCAACUCCCACAUUUUUUGUCACCACAAUAUAUAAUAAUUUAUUACAAAAUGUGGGAAAAUAUGUUACAUAUAUUGGGUUCAAGCUGUUAAUCACAAAAUGUGUUAUUACAUAAUGCGUUGUUAUUACAUAAUGAGUUGUUACAACUCCUGGUACAGAUAAGUAGAUAUUUGGGGUUUUCUUUUCAGAAGAUGGACAGAGAUUCCCAGUAUGAUGUUUCAGCUUUAAAAUAAUCCUUCUGUGUGAAAUUACAGAGUCUGGAUGAAGCUAUUGGAACAGAUGUGAGCUCAACAGGGGGAACAAAUCUUCUUCUCUCUCUUAAUAUGAACAUUUUAUUUAAAUGUGACAGGGAACUCAUUAAUGUUUUGUUAGUUUUUAAAUGCUUAAUUAGCUAUGACGAUCAACCUUAAAGACUUAAACAGCUGUAAAAUGUACACACACACACCUACACUGAGCAGUUGGUAAAGUUAAUCUUAAUGACUUAUAGAAACGGGUUUUCCCCUCAGGGAAAUUCUGAAUGGUGUUCACAGUUUUCGCCAGGGUGCAGUCGGACCAGUUUCUCAUAUUUGUUGGAACAGCUGACUUUGACCUGCGUUUUUUUUUUUCCGUCAACAGACUAAAAGAGAAAACAUUCCCUUGUCUCUCAUCACCAUGUUGAGAGGAACAAUUAUCUGAAUGGCAUGUAAAUAUGCUUGGAUGUCACAGAUCCGCUUGCAGAUAUACACAAACAAUAUAGCUGUUGAACUUAAGAUAAACAUUACAGUACAAAAUACCAUGCAUGCUUGUAUGUAUGUAUGUAUGUAUGUAUGUAUGUAUGUAUGUAGUCAGAGGCACAAGCACCACAAUGAUAUUCUAGAUUUGGCUUAGGUUUCAUGGCCACUUGUCAAAGAUGUAACACAUGGAAACUGCCACAGCAACCCACACACAUUCAGACACACUGGCCUCAAUACAAUUGUGAACCUUUUGACCUCUGACAGGACAGUUCUAGUACAGCUUCAUCUCUGGCUGACUUUUGUCCAGGAGCAGCAACGCACGUCCAACUGUAACCACCACCACCACUGCUGCUGUUGGUGGAGUCUCAACACAUUCCCACAAUGAGUGUUUUUUUUUUUGUUUUGUUUUUUACAAUUGGCUAGUGGACUUGCUCAAGGGCUGAUUUGUGGUGAUAAGUUGUACUUACAUUUAGCUUCUUUUCUGUCACAGCAACAGUUCAUUUCCCCUUUUCCAAAACAUGGAUGCAUUCCAUUAAGUGCUCCAGUAAGCCAUGUCAGGGAGUGAGCACUCACGCACAACACCUGAACCUGGAACUGGCUCAGCUAAAUGGAAUGCAGCCAUCGGUAAUGUUAUUAACUCCACCUGUGCUUUUCCUGCUGUGACGAAUCAAAAUGUCCACCAUGAAAAGGAUCUGUUCAAUGCUUGAUGCAGUUUAUAUCACAAAUAAAUACUCCGUAUUUCUGGCUAAAUAACAA